UGACAGAGCGAGACUCCGUCUCAAAAAAACAAAACAAAACCCAGGAGGAGGAGGUGGCAAGAGGGGUGAGGGCUGAAGCCAGUGCACACUAUGGUCAAGUGAGGUCAGCAAGGCCUACAGGCUCCAGUGGAUUUCCUGAGGAGGCAGGACCUGCCAGGCUAUGAGUGAGGGUCAGCUGCACACAGACCACCUCAGGGCACACGUCAGGUGGCUGGGCCUGCCUGCAUGGCUUCUCUUGGUUGGGACUGACUUUUGCUUUUCCACCUCUUAAAAGCAGGGUGAGAGGAGGGGCACAAUGGCGAGGUGUUAUGCGCACAUUGGGGAAACUAGUUAUUGAGCUGUAGACUACCUUCGCAUUCUGCCUUUUCCCACACAAGUGUCAGGAAGGAUGAGGUCAGAAUAUGCAGGGAGGGGAAGCCAGGGCCAAAGAUGAUGCUGGAAAUGCAGGAAGAGACAGGCUUCAGUAGGGAAGGGUGGGGAGAGGUGGGAGCAGGAAUUUUGGCUGGAGAAGCAGGCAGGCCUGGGCCAAGGAGGAGGGAAGAUGUGUAGGCUCCAGUGACUCCUCUCUGAGGAAGAAUGUGGCCCUGGGGCAGAAGGAGGCCUCCCCACUCACCCUGGGGACGUUGUACUGUCCCCAGACCUCUAGGAUGAAGGUUUGUCCUCCUGUUCCAUCUAGUCUUCCAUGUCAUCCCUGCCCCUCAGGCGCAGGAUAAGUGGAAGAACAGGAUUCAUCUGUGCCCCGAAGACAGCUCUGGGACAGAGCUUCUCACAAAGGCUUUAGACCGAGCUAAGCUUCUACUGAAGGCUCAGCACAGCUGGCAUCUGUUUGGAGGGCCUGGAUACAGAGACACUGAGGAGUCUUCAUGACGACGCCUGGCUGUGGGGAAAGGGUGCAUCCUCCCAACGCUGCCUGAACACAGAGGCAGAGGAAGUAGGCUUCGCUAAUUCAGCAAGCGGGUUAGGGUGCACACUAAAGAGGGACUUCCUGUGUCGGGGCUGAGACACUGAUGGGCCACGAGACUCUCAAAGGAGGAUGGGGCUAUUCCAGAGCUGAUCCUCAGGAGCAAGGAGGAUGGGAAGAUGUGAGAAUCCUUCUUUUCAGACCUCUGACCCUAAGGAAUUGGAGUCCGGAGACCCAGGAUGUGAAUUAUUUGAAAGAGGAGGCAAAGACAGAGCAAGGCAUGUGGUGCUUGUGGGGAGGUGGGCAAGGCAGGCAAGGCAGAUGGGAGGAACUGGGCAGAGAGGAGGCAUUCCCCUCCCCCCCACACCCUUCUCAUUGUCCCCAACCCCCUGGUCCUUUCUCCUCAGCUCCCCUCGACAUCAUUGGUCUGCUGCCAGGGAGGCUGGAUACCAGGGCAGGGUGUGUGUGGGAGUGAGGGAAUGAUCACGAUUUUGCCUCCUGCUCACUUUUAUACUCUUGUUCUCACUUCCUGCCUCUGGCAGAAAAAAACCCUGCCCCUCUGGCUUAUCUCAGCAAAGAGCAGUGCCCAGCCCAGCUCAGAGGGCAAGGGGACAGAUCCCAGAGGCCCUGGGGAGGUCUCCGCUGCUGAUGAAGCCGUGACCAAGCGCACCCACCACUUGGCAGCCAUCUCUCCCUGCAGCCAUAGUCCACAUUCCCAUGCCCCGCGUCUGCUUGUUUUGGGACCAUCUCUGUGCAGCCUCUAGGCCCCAGCCCCGGAGGUGAAUGCCAUGCCCUGACCCUGGUGUGCCCCAUGGCAUCCCCAACCUAGCUCCCAUUACAAAUUUGGCACGAUGUCAGCAAACACCUCAACCAACAGUUCUGUUAUCGAGUGUCCUGACUACCGACCUACCCACCGCCUGCACAUGGUGGUCUACAGCUUGGUGCUGGCUGCCGGGCUCCCCCUCAACGCGCUGGCCCUCUGGGUCUUCCUGCGCGCGCUGCGCGUGCACUCGGUGGUGAGCGUGUACAUGUGCAACCUGGCGGCCAGCGACCUGCUCUUCACCCUCUCGCUGCCCGUGCGCGUCUCCUACUACGCACUGCACCACUGGCCCUUUCCCGACCUCCUGUGCCAGACGGCGGGCGCCAUCUUCCAGAUGAACAUGUACGGCAGCUGCAUCUUUCUGAUGCUCAUCAACGUGGACCGCUACGCCGCCAUCGUGCACCCGCUGCGACUGCGCCACCUGCGGCGGCCCCGCGUGGCGCGGCUGCUCUGCCUGGGCGUGUGGGCGCUCAUCCUGGUGUUCGCCGUGCCCGCCGCCCGCGUGCACAGGCCCUCGCGCUGCCGCUACCGGGACCUCGAGGUGCGCCUAUGCUUCGAGAACUUCAGUGAUGAGCUGUGGAAGGGCGGGCUGCUGCCGCUCGUGCUACUGGCCGAGACGCUGGGCUUCCUGCUACCCCUGGCGGCGGUGGUCUACUCGUCCGGCCGCGUCUUCUGGACGCUGGCGCGCCCCGACGCCACGCGGAGCCAGAGGCGGCGGAAGACGGUGCGCCUCCUGCUGGCCAACCUCGUCAUCUUCCUGCUGUGCUUCGUGCCCUACAACGCCACGCUGGCGGUCUACGGGCUGCUGCGAAGCAGGCUGGUGGCGGCCAGCGCCCCUGCCCGCGAUCGUGUGCGCGGGGUGCUGAUGGUGAUGGUGCUGCUGGCCGGAGCCAACUGCGUGCUGGACCCGCUGGUGUACUACUUCAGCGCCGAGGGCUUCCGCAACACCCUGCGCGGCCUGGGCACUGCGCACCAGACCAGGACCUUGGCCACCAACGGGACGCGGGAGGCGCUCGCGCAAGCCGAAGAGUCCGUCACCACCGACGCCACCAGGCUGGAUGCCGCCAGUCAGGGGCUGCUCCGACCCUCCAACUCCCACCCCCUGUCUUCCUUCACACAGUGUCCCCAGGAUUCGGCCCUCUGAACGCACAUCAUGCGAUAGCGCCGUCCGUGCCCGACCCCCGGCGCCUCUGGUUCUGGGAGGUUUUCAGGGUGUGCACACAAGAAGGUGGGCUGGGCCACUUGGAUCUUUGGCUGGCAACUCCAGCUUAGGAACGCAGACGAGUACAAAGUGUGGAAGCCAGGGCCCGGGGAAGGCAGUGCUGCUGGAAACGGCCUCUUUAAACUGUGAGCGCGCAGAGGACCCCUUCUCCAGAGGUGGGAAGUGAUGCAGAGAGCCCACCCGUGCAGAGGGCAGACGAGGACAGAAUGCCUACUGGUGGACGGGGCAUUAAACUGCUAAAAGCUGGUUAAAUGGAACAAAAUGAGCAUUCUGGAUUUAAACCACCACAGGGGCCUGAGAGCUGAAGAACCCCAGGUUGGAUGGACCAAGCCACUAAGAUGCCUGUUCAUCUGCCGCCUAGGGUCAUGGAUGCCACCCACUUUCAUUUCUGCCUAGGCUUCCCCUCCUCACCAUUGAGAGUUCCAUAUGGACAGAACAAGGUUCUUUCUCACUUAGUGACUUGUGACAAUUUAGACCUGGCAUCUGGCAUGGGGCAGUUGGGGCAGGGCAAAACUGACUUGUUUCCCCCUCGCCAAAAUUCAAGUCCAAACUCUUUUUUACGUUAAACUUUCUUCCACCACGCCCCUUUUCAGGGCCUCCUCCAUUCUAGGUCCUUAAUAUGCUGUCUCUCUCUGCUUCGUCCAGAGCAAGGAGAAAAUUCUUUCUACUAAAGCACUGGUUCUCAAACUUUGGUCUUAGACCCCUUUACACUCUUAGAAAUUGAGGAUCUCAAAGAGCUUUGCUUAUAUUUUGUUCUUUUGAUGCUUGCCAUACUAGAAAUUAAAGCAAAUACAUUUUUAAAACAAAUACACAAGCACACAUUCCAUUAGCCAUGAGAGCAAUAAUGUCAUCACACACACUUCAUGAAAUCUCUGGAAAACUCUACAGUAUACUUGUGAGAGAAUGAGAGUGAAAAGGCCAAAUAACAUCUGUGUAGCAGUAUUAUGAAAAUAGCUUGACCUCGUGGACUUCCUCAAAGGGUUGGUCCCUGGAUCACACUUUGAGAACCAUACUUGUCCUGAAGUAUUAGAGUUCAUGGCUAACUUCUUCCCAGGGUAUUAUAUACAGUGCUUUUUAUUACUGUGGGGAGACGGCAGUGCUAAACAAAUUAAUUACUACUGAUAGUC